AUGGGAAACAGACACUCAAAAUCUUCCGAUUCGCAUGAAGCAAGACUCGCAGAGGAUGGAAAUGAGAAAACCGAUGUGAAUAACUUCAUCGGUGUCUUCUACAAAAUAAAAUCGUCUGGGAACGUCUCAAUCAAUGCGAACGGAUCCACGGUGUCUUCAUCAAAGGAACCGCAAGCAUCGCCAUGGAGUAGCACACAAAGGGACGACAACAACGGAAAUCAUGCCAUCGACUACGGACAACAUUCCAUCGAAAGAACAAAUGAGGGCGAGAUGAUUCAACGAAGAGAGCCGUCCUUCGUCGGUGACCAGUCUCAACAGCGUCCAAGAGAAUACUCGCACUCUACUCGGUACCCAGCCAACAUCGUGAAUCGAACAAUAUGA